UCCAACCCAUUGAUUUCGUGGCAUCGAAAACUAUCAUACUAAGUGUGCAUAUUAUUUACUGUCAACCAACAACAUUGUUACUAGUACAAACUAACUACUACCCGGUAAGUCUUACUUCAUUGAAAGGUUGGUCAACAGUGGAUUCUAUCUUCUCGAAGAAAUUUGUACGGUCGCUAAUUAGCAAGUUGCUCUGCCAAAGGAAAGAUCAGUUCCGUGAGGCCAAGUCCUCAGCGAUCCGGGAUGGACACCGCGACAUACCAGGCCAAAGUUGCCAACAAAACCUUCGCCAUCAAGAAGGAACCAGACACGGAUGAGAGUGGUUUACCAAGGAUGACAGUGAGGAAUAUCAAGAUGCUGUGUAAGAAGCACAGUGGAUACCAGACACCAGCUCUGAACGAUGUGCUCUACCUACAUUACCAAGGCUACGGUAAGAUUGAGAAUCUGGAGGAAUACAUAGGCCUGAAGGCGCUGUGGUUGGAAGCCAACGGCAUACGCAAGAUUGAGAACAUUGGCCAUCUUGCGGAGCUGAAGUGCCUGUACCUUCAGCAGAAUCUCCUGUGUCAACUGGAGAACCUGGAUGGCCUGACAGAGCUAGACUCACUCAACGUUGCCAACAACUCAAUUUCACGCAUAGAGAAUAUCGCUUGCUGUGAAAAGCUAGCGUCGCUGCAAAUGGACCGCAAUCGCCUCACAACAGCAGAGGAUAUAGCCGAACUACGGCACUGCGACAAUCUAAGUGUGGUGGACCUCUCACAUAACAGGAUUGAAGAUGAACGUAUUGUUGAGAUACUGGAGCAAAUGAAGUCACUGAGAGUUCUGAAGCUUACAGGCAACCCUGUGCGUUCCAAGAUCCGUGACUAUCGGAAAGUGAUGAUUUGCAGACUGAAAGAACUGACCUAUCUAGAUGAAAGGCCCGUGUUUGCACGCGACAGGGCGUGCGCGCUUGCAUGGGAGAAGGGUGGCAUUGUGGCAGAACGAGAGGAGCAUCACCGUUGGAUCACCAGGGACCAGAAGAAAAUUCUAGAGAGUGUGGAGGCGCUCGCCGUGUUGAGAUACAGCAAAGCAGCGCGGGAUCGCUAUUGCCGUGACAGUAGUGGUGAAGGCUCAGAUGAAGACCAGUCCGACAGUGACAACCAGCAAGGCAAUGAGGAGCAAGAAGAUAUCUUUGCACCAGCUGUUGAUGAUGAUGAUGAUGACGACAAUGAGGAUGGAAAUGAUGAAGAGGACGAAGGAAGCAAUGUGGAGGUCGAGGACGAUCUUGAAGCAGCGCUAGCAUCUCAACGAUCGGCAACAAGCACAGAAGCAGGAGUCACAGAUAAGCCAGUCAGAGAGAAGUUCACGCGCCUCACUAUCGAGCAAGUGCCAUCAGAUGGAGAGGAAGGUGAUGUGGUCGAGAAUGAAGAUGGCAAUGACGACAGCGAGAUUCCCUUCCUCACGGCUAAACCUACGGAGUCAGCUGCUUCUCUGGAUAGGAUGCCUGGUGAUGACGCCGAGCAAGAUGGUAUAUUUGUGAUGACCAAGCCUCCAGACAGCAUGGCGAGCACAGCAAACCAUGGCCGUGCAUCACUUCUCGCAGGAAUGUUGGAUGCUGAUUCAGGUCCAUCAAAAUCGUUCCAUGAGCGCCAGCAGGAGACUCAGCUGCUGCAUGCGACAUCUCCAAAACGGCUGAUGAUUGAAGAAAUAUCAGAUGAGGACAUUGAGGAGGUGCAGGUCGUUCCAGCUGAGCCCUGCGAUGUCGAUGACGAUGAUGACCAACCUCCACCACUGGUAACGGUGGCAUGGGAUAAACCAGCCAACACUGGCAAAAACCAGCCCAUCCUCUCAUCAGAGCAAGCAGCAUCUGUCAAACAGAAACAACCGCUGAUACAAAUGUUACCGAGCAAGAGUGGCGAGGACGAUGAUACUGACAAUGAUGCUGAUGAACUCGACUGACAUUGGCAAUACCGGUGCAAGUACAUACGCACAUUCAGCAGUAGGGUUCCAAACAACUGAUAUACCAGUCUCUUUCUCUCUCCACAUGCCUCUUUCGUUAUGAGCAAAUUAUAACCAAUAAUGUACAAGUACACAAUGAUAAUUUGUGUCCUUAUCAAUUGUACGGCGUCAUGUGCGUGUGUAUAUUACCAUUGCAAACCUCUGUACAUAUGUUACAUACUGUGAGGCACCUGUAUAUACUGUGAGAAGAAGCUAAUUGAACCAUACACGUAUACUUCAAAAUAAUACAACAUUCCGGAAAUUCA